GAGUUGGAUCACCACCACAAUAUUAUAUUACCAUUACCAUUACAGAUGCUGCAAACAUUGUUUUGUUACUACCGCCUUGAUUGAUCAUGGCCGAUGCUUAUCCAAAGGAGGCACCUACGCCCAGCAAGCUUGAAUCUCAAAUACUAGACGCAGUAUUACACCGAGAAUCCAAAGGAACUUCAAUCAAGUCAAUUAAUCGAAUCAUCUUAAAAUUCCCUAAAAUUGAUGAGAGCUUAAGAAAAUGCAAAGUUAUAUUCCAACAAUUUGAUGAAGACAGAAACGGUGCCAUCGAUAUAAAAGAGCUGAAACAUUGCUUUGACAAGCUCCAAGUAAAGUUCACAAACGAUGAAAUCAAUGAUAUAUUUAAGGCAUGUGAUUUAAACGAUGACAUGGGAAUCAGCUUCAAUGAAUUCAUUGUUCUUCUUUGCCUUGUCUAUCUUCUCAAGGAAGAUCCUGCUGCCCCCCAAUCUAAAUCUCGAAUGGGUAUCCCAGAUCUAGAGGCAACUUUCGAAACAUUGGUCGAGUCGUUUGUGUUCUUGGACAGUAAUAAAGAUGGCCAUGUCAGCAAAAAUGAAAUGAUACGUGCAAUAGAGGAAACUAGGCAAUCUGAAGGCCAAAUUGCCCUCAAAAGAUUCGAGGAGAUGGACUGGGAUAAAAAUGGAAUGGUGAACUUCAAGGAAUUUCUAUUUGCGUUUACUGGGUGGGUUGGAAUUGAGGAUGAUGAAGAAGACUAGUGAAUAAAUGCUUUGAAGCAUAAUGUUUUGGUUUGUGUAGUGAUGGCUGACCUGAUAAAAUGGACAUAAUGUUGGUUUACUCUGACAGCUACCCGGUCUUUCUUCGAAUUGGUAUUCUUUGCUUAUGUAUGAGUUAUAGGGGGUGAGGUCUGAUGAUGAAAUGAGUGUUCUAUGUGCUUUUUUAAUUUGUAUCUUUAUUAUUUAUAAAGAAGUUGAAGUUUAGGUGGUUUUCUACAUGGAAGUUGUAUUUCUUU